CGAACCAGUGUUGACCUAACGCUGGGUUUUCUUGCCUUGGCUAUUAAAUGGCAAACCAGUGUUGGCACAGGCUCGGAUAAUCAUUGGGCCGGCCGAGGCUUGAUUGCCCAGUCUUGGCCUAGGCUCGGUCUUGAGCCAAUAUCGGUGCGCCAAGCUGGGUUGCCCAGUACUGGGCCAGAUAAGGCCCCGUCAUUUAACUCUGGCAGUUCCCACAUGGGAAGAUUGAAAAUCCACGCCGAAUACAAACCCAAUUUUUUGAAAUUAUUUUUAUGCGUUUAUAUGUUAAACAUUCUAAGAAAUAUUGUUAUUCAAUUAUGGUUAGUAUAUAAUAAAAGCCCUCGCCAG